AAAAGAGGUUGAAACUUGUUACUGUUUUCUUGUUACGCUUUCUUACUUUCUUCGUGGAAUUAUUGUUUUCAUUAUUACGAUGAGUGAUCGCGUGAGAUCAGGCAGUGAUAGUGGUAUGACACCGCCUCCGACGAAGAAAGCGGCUCGUCGACAGCCAUUCUGCCUAUCCUGGUUGGAGGAACCUGAAUUUUCACCUUGGCUGGCAAGAUGCGAAGACAAUGAAUACAAAGCCAAAUGUCUUGCUUGCAACAAGACGUUGCGAGCUGGAAAGAACGAUUUACGGAAGCAUUCCGGUACGCAAAAACAUUUAACCAGGCUUCUAAACACGAAAAUAGAAACCUUGGAAGAAAAAUGUUCAUCCUCAUCCUUGCUGUCGUAUGCUGAGAGGGUAAAAAGAGAAGAAAUUGUUUCCGUUCUGGACAUAGUAGAGCACAGAAGAAGUUUUUACUCGUUCAAUCAUUCUGCUGAAAUGACCAACCGAGCAGAAUGCGACUCAAAUAUCAUAAAAAACAAAAAAUUGAAAAGAACGAAAAUUGUCGCAAUUCUGAAGAAUGUAUUGAAUAAAGCUGUCGUUGACAAGGUGACAACAAUAUUAAGAAGCAUCCCGUUUUCAAUAUUAGUGGAUGAAAGUACCGACAUGUCAGGCAAUAAAAAUCUAUGUAUUCUUGCGAGGUACAUGUAUGAAGGCAAAAUACAAACGUACUUGCUAGAUUACUUUCAACUGAAAGAUGGAAAAGCUGAGUAUCUGUAUACAUGUUUUCAGCAGAUUAUGGAAAGAUACAAAUUGCCUACGAGCAACAUUAUUGGAAUUUGCAUUGAUAAUGCAAACGUUAUGUUAGACAAGCGCAAUUCGUUUGUAUCCGGUUUAAUAGAGGAUAAUAAGAACGAAGUCGCUAUAUUUCCAUGUAUUUGUAACUCAAUGAAUUUAGUAGCCUCUUAUGCAUGUGAAUGCCUACCGAAACAUGUUGCGAAGUUAUUGCACAUGUUAUAUAAUUACUUUGCCAAUAGCAAUAAGAAACAGCAAGGGUUGGAGGAGUUGCAAGAAAUAAUGAAUAUGACGAGGCAGAAGAUGCGUGAACCAGCCAAACCUAAAUGGUUGACUUUAGCACAAAGUGUCGAAAGUGUGGUAAAGCAAUGGGACACUUUAUACGAAUUCUUUGCUGCAGAAAUAAGUAAAGAUGUUACACUUUGUGGGGUCCAUAAUUCAGUGACAGCUAUUUUCAACCAUUUGAACUGUUUAUAUACCAAAGCAUACUUAAACUUCUUAAAUUAUAUUUUAAAGUUGAUUCAUCAAUUUAAUACAUUGUUCCAGACAGAUGAGGUCCUCAUACAUUGUUUUAUGGCGGAGUGUGAUCGAUUUUUGCGUGUCAUAGCUUUUAAUUUCAUGCAUCCACAAAUCGUAGAUAGGGACGAUUUACAUUUAAUAGAUCCGUGUAAUGUGGGUAAUUUGUUACCCAUACAAUCUAUCACUAUAGGUCAUGAGGCAAAAAAUAUUAUACAGGAAUUGAGAACUUCAGGAGAUGAUGAUAAGGAGAUAAGAAUUACCGAAUUCUAUCAAAAUUGCCAACAAUUUUAUCAAGAACUUUUUAAAGGAGUUAUUCAAAGACUACCAUACACAGAAUCAUUCAUGAGAAAAUUAUCAUUUUUAAUACCAGAAAAGGCAUUGAGUCUUAACAAAUGUGACGAUGAUAUUGAAAUAAUAGCCAAAAAAUUUAAAUCAAAAGUCAACGUAGGGGACACGAUGACAGAAUGGCGCAUCAUGACAUUUCAUUUCGACAAGGAAUUGCGUGAGGAGAUGAAGAAGUUAAACGUGUGCGAAUUCUGGGAGAGAAUUAAAGAAGUAGAAGACUAUGCUGGCAAACAAAAAUUUAACAACAUGUAUACAUUAGCCCAAAUAUGUUUAUCUUUACCACAUUCAAAUGCGGAAAUUGAAAGACUGUUUUCUCUAGUCAAUGAAGUAAAAACGAAAGAUAGAAAUGGUUUAAAACCUGAGACAGUAGCUGCGUUGACAAGAGUUCGUUUAGAUUUAAGAAAUACUAAUACUACUUGUACAAAUUACCCAAUCACACGUGAGAUGCUGCAAUUUGACUCUAGUAUAUACGAAAGGAACAGUUUUUCACAAGAAAUAAGCAAAGUAAUUAUUCAAGAUGAAACUAAGAACAGCGAUUGAAGUCUAAAUGUCUAUAUUAAUAUUUUUAUGUACAAUAAUGUUCUUACUAAUAGUUGUAUUGAUAAGAAUAAAUUAUUUUUCAAGA